AUGGAUAGCAUCAUUGAACAGAAGAACAUGCUGAUGCACAGUAAGAUCACUGAUGCUGGCAAGAGGAAUGGCUUAAUUAACACCAGGAACUUCAUGGCUGAGAGCAGAGAUGGCCUGGUGUCCGUUUACCCAGCACCCCAGUACCAGAACUGCCGGCUGCUGGGCAGUGCGGCAGCAGCCACCCUGGACAGCGGCAGGAGUGAGCCGGUCCAGCAGCUGCUGGACCCCAACACCCUGCAGCAGUCGGUGGAGUCCCACUACCACCCUAACAUCAUCCUCUACUCCGAGGGCAUGCUGCGCUCCUGGGGGGAUGGCGUGGCUGCCGACUGCUGCGAGACCACCUUCAUUGAGGACCGGUCACCCACCAGAGAGAGUCUGGAGUACCCCGAUGGGAAGUUCAUUGACCUCUCAGCUGAUGACAUCAAAAUCCACACCCUCUCCUAUGAUGUGGAGGAGGAAGAGGAAUUUCAGGAUCUGGAGAGCAACUACUCCAGUGAUACAGAGAGCGAGGACAACUUUCUCAUGAUGCCUCCCCGGGACCACCUGGGCCUCAGCGUCUUCUCCAUGCUCUGCUGCUUCUGGCCUUUGGGCAUUGCCGCCUUCUACCUGUCCCACGAGACCAAUAAAGCCGUGGCCAAGGGGGACUUCCACCAGGCCAGCACCAGCUCUCGGCGGGCCCUAUUCCUGGCUGUGCUCUCCAUCACCAUCGGAACUGGCAUCUACGUGGGCGUGGCCGUGGCCCUCAUUGCCUACCUCUCCAAGAACAAUCACCUAUGAGCUUCCUCCGCGCACGAAGGAGAAGAACUCGGGGCCAGUGUUGUGCGCACGCAGAGCGAGCAGGGCUAGCAGGGGAGAAACACCUGUGUGACGCUGUGUAGUAUAAAUUAUUGCCAAACAACUCCAUAACACCCUGAAAUUUUCUACCCAUCGAUUUGUUUUGUUUUUACCCUUUAUUUUCACAACACGUUGUAGAACAGGAGGCAGAUGGGCACUGCUAACCCUUCCAAGUGGAAGCUCCAAAGAUCCUUACCCUGAGGCUGUGUCUGGAUGGGUUCUGGUGGACUAGCGGCAGUGCAGCUCUCUCGGCAGCCUGCCAGGGCCUGGAAAGCCAUAGCACUAGCAAUAUACAAAUAGUAAAACUGUGUUUAUUUUUUAUGGGAUAUGGUGCAAUAGGCAGAAGGCCGGGGACGUGUCACUCUUCUGUCUGUUGCCUUGCUUGACUCCUCUGUCAUUUCCCCAGUCCAUGUACCUUCCCCGUGGAAAGGAAACAGGGCUGAUCAGAAAGACAGACAAAGCUGCUGGCAGGAACCCUGCUCUCCUUGGUCUUCAAUGGGUGCAGCCUAAGAAUGCCAAGUCAGAACAGUGUGGGACCUGUCCCCAGGCCCAGUCUUUCCUCCCUGCCCUUCCUUUUGCCGCCCCCCCCCCCCAGCCUAGGCUCAUCCAGCCCCCCUUGUCAUGUCCAAACUUAGCAGCCACCACACAGCAAUCUGCACCCUUGGGCCUCAUUGAUCUAGCGUGGGGGGAGCAGGCCACAGUCUGUCCCGGACUCCUCCCAGAAGGACGCCGAGGUUUGCUCCAGGACCUGCGGACACCAUCUCAGCAUAAAGACAAGCGUUGGCGCUCGCCUUGGUGAUAAGCAGUGGCACUAGUGAUCUUAGGAGGAGAUGAACCUUCUCUGUUGACUAAAUGAAUAGCUAUUUUCUUGUCAUUUUUUAAGUGCAACUACUGCUUCAUGCUGCUUAGUUAUCAGACGAAUGCUGAGAAAUAAUCACAGACAUUUUA